CUUGACCCUACGCGACCCGCGGCGCGUCUUUCAGGAAGGCACUAUAGCAACCGUCUCUUUCCCUCCCAGACACCAAUUACUCCAUGCCUUCUCAACUGGCCUCUCUUGCCACACCUUGCGUGUCUUGAGGUUCAGUCUAGUCUACCUAGGUGCCUAGGUAUUCACCGCCUCCGUCCUGCCACCACAUGCAGCGCCACUGAGCAAGUGACACCUGCGAUUGCGGACUGCGACGGGGAGUGCGACUGGCACCGUCCAGCCCCCGCGUGCGUCUAUUCUUCACGUCGCAGAACAAGCAUCCGUCCCACUGGCUUUCCAUCGGGGUAAUCGGUGGUCGCACGCACGCAUACAACCCAGCAGAGCCGGCUGCGCAUCCGUCUCACGCUUCCUACAAAUAUGGACAGAGCCUCAUCCAGCCCGGCUGCGGCGACUCCGCCGGACUUGGACGGGCUCCUCGAUGCCUUGACAAUCUCGAGAACCAUCCUUGCUUCCCUCCAAGAAGGGCCACAGGAGAGCGACACCCCAAGACAGAUCACAGAAACCAAGAAAGAGAUUGCCAAACUGAGGAUCCAAGUCAGCAAGGCCCGAGGCAACUCUCAAGGUUCCAAGAGGGCAGCCAACUCCAGCGGCACCAUGCAGCCGUAUCGCUCGGAUGAAUAUGCUGGGCCAAGUUCCUAUUCCAACUCCGGAACUCUCACGCCUGCCAGCGCCUCCACAGCAGCCUCUGCCUUUGGACAGAAGAAACGAACCUUUGGUUCCCAUCUCGAUGACGAUGCUUCCUCCGGUUCCCGUGUCAAGUCCCGAAGAACGACCCCGAGUCCCCAGCACACCGCGAUUACUACUCCGUCUGUGGGAGACGACUUCUGGGCCGGCAACGGUGAUGUUAUUGACCUCACCGGUGACGACGCCGACUUCGAGCAGCUCUUCAAGCAACAGAAGGCAGCUUUUGCGCGAAUCGAACAAGCCAAGGCAGACGAGAGAUUCGCCAGAUCCCUUCAGCAUGGUUUCCAGGACAACUCCUUCUCCGAUUCUUCCCCGGCCUCCCCGGCACCUGCUGGACCUUCUGGACCCACUGCCUUCGACAGGAUUCUAGGUCGUUCCUCACAACCGUCGCAGCCUCAGCAUCAGCCCCAGCCUCUGUCGUCCCAAGAACGUGAUCCAUUCCGUCCGAACAAUGAGUCCCCGGCUGGACACAGCCAGCCGUCGUCUCGUAUGCCAGGGUCUUUCGGCUUUGAUGACGACUUGGACGACUACUUUGACACUCCAGUACAUCCUAUACCUUCCCAGUCUGGCGGCGCUUACGGUUCCCCGAGUUAUGGGCCGUCGAGCUCUUCUCUGCCGUCCAUGGGUCCGCCGAAUACCCAUCCGACAAUGGGUGUGUCUCCUUUUUCCAGCCCCUUGCCUGGCCUCCAUUACACACCAAACUUUGCAGCCGCAGAGUCGGCUAGGCAGGCAACUCUUUCCCGUCAGCAACAAGGCUACCUUCCGUCUAGCGGAUAUGGACUCACGGGCAAUGUUGUUGGCCUGCCUGUUUCCAACUCUGCUAACGGGUUUGCAGGUUAUGCUGGUGACGUCUCCCCCAUGGCGUCACUGGGUAACCGACCAGGAACCCUAAACUCAGGCGCCUACGCUCCCUUGCAGAACUGGGGUGCUAACACCAACCCCUAUCCAGCUGUGUCGUCACAGGUUCCUGCCAGGGGAGGUUAUUUGCCCGAGGUUAUCAACCUGACCAACGACAUCGACUGGGUCAACGGCCUCGACGCUUUGGGUAACCCGCUGAGUGCGAAUCUCCGGUCAUAUUACGACGAUCUACAAGAUGACCCCAGAAAGACAGCCGAGGAGAUCAAGGACCUCCUUGCCAACAUCCGGCCCGAUGAAGAUAUUCCCGAGGAAGAUCGUAUCGGUACCCCGGAGCAACUCAGAUAUGCUCUGUAUGCCCAUCAACAGCUGGCCCUCCAAUGGAUGAUGGAUAGCGAGAAGGGCAAGAACCAGGGUGGCAUCCUGGCUGAUGAUAUGGGCCUGGGAAAGACGAUAUCCGCACUUUCUCUGAUGGUGAGCCGUCCUUCACCUGACAAUAGGAACAAGACGAACCUCAUCGUGGGGCCUAUCGCUCUCCUGAAGCAGUGGGAGAUCGAGAUCAAGAAGAAGCUCAAGCCUGAACACCGUCUUAGCGUCCUGCUUCUGCACAACAAGUCUAUGAAAUACGAGGACAUUCGUAACUUCGACGUUGUCUUGACAUCGUACGGCAAGGUAGGCGCUGAGCAGAAGCGGUUUGACAAGUGGGUGUCCCACCAUCCUGGGGCCAGACCGGACCGUGACGCAGAGCUGGCCAAGAGUUGCCCGCUCCUGCACCCGAACAGCAAAUUUUACCGAGUGAUUCUCGACGAAGCUCAGUGCAUCAAGAAUGACAAGACUCUCCAGGCAAGGGGGUCGUGCUCCCUCAAAGGCACUUACCGUUGGUGUCUGACAGGCACCCCGAUGAUGAACGGUAUCCAUGAAUUAUUUUCUCUGAUCAAGUUCCUGAAGAUCAAACCUUACCAUGAGCAGAAGGAAUUCAACAAGACCUUUGGAAGUCUAACUCCUCGGACGGGUCGAGGCCGUUCUGCCGGAGAGUAUGCCAAGACGAAAGCUAUGGACGCCCUUCGCGUCCUACUAAAAGCUAUCAUGCUCCGACGGAUGAAGUCUUCCACACUUGACGGGAAGCCGCUAGUGAUAUUGCCGCCCAAGACCGAGGCUGUCGCUCACGUUGAAUUUUCUGAGGAUGAGCGACAAUUCUACACCGAUUUGGAAAACAAGACAAGGAUCACGUUCAACAAAUAUCUCCGUGCGGGUACCGUCGGAAAGAACUACAGCAACAUCCUUGUUCUGCUCCUCCGUCUUCGCCAGGCCUGCUGCCAUCCACACCUAAAUCUCGACGUGGACUAUGUCGGGAACAACGAGGUCACUGAGCAAGACAUGAACGCCAUGGCCAAGACCCUCGCCCCUGAUGUAGUAGCCCGCCUCAAAGCGCAAAACGAGGAAGGGUUCAAGUGCCCCAUUUGUCUGGACGCGGUCAUUGAUCCGACCAUCGUUCUCCCAUGUGGACACAAUACAUGUGCCGAGUGCUUUACCACGCUUGCCGAGAGGGCCCUUGACAACAACAUCCGAGCUGGCGACGAAGGUAGUACCUUCAAGUGCCCGGAGUGCCGUGGAGCUGUUGACCCGAAGAAGGUUAUCAACCUAACAUCAUUCAAGGCAGUUCACAUGCCUGAGCCGACAGCUGUGAAUGAGGAUGACAUUGAGACUGCCUCGGAAGCAAGCUCCACGGAAGAUGACUCCUCUGAAUCCGAGACCGAUUCCGAUGAUGACUUGGAUGACUCCGAUGAUGUUGACCGUAAUGGCAACCUGAAGGACUUCAUCGUUGAUAAUGACGACGAAGAAGAUCCUGCUAAGGACAGUGACGACGACGACGACGACGACGAUUCGCUCAUUGGCCAAAGUGACAAGAAUGCGGCGAAGACUCGCCGCAAAGCGAACAAGCCUAAGCGCAAAUCCAAGGGCAAGGGCAAGGGCAAGGGCAAAAAGAAGGAGGAAGAAGUCAAACCUCAUAUGCUCAAGAGCUUGCGAACCGAGGCCAAGAAGAACAAAUUUGAGCACAAGCGGUAUAUGAAAUAUCUGAAGAAGAACUGGAUGCCAUCUGCCAAAGUGUCGGAGUGCUGCAAGAUUCUGGGAGACAUCCGAUCGAGCGGGGACAAGACCAUUGUCUUCUCUCAGUUCACUUUCUUACUCGACCUACUUGAGAUACCCAUCAAGUACGAGCUUGGCCUCAAUUAUUGUAGAUAUGAUGGAGGCAUGUCACGUGUCCACCGGGACGCUGCUGCUCAGGACUUCCAGGACCCAAACUCGCGCACGAAGGUGAUGUUGGUGUCUCUAAAGGCAGGGAAUGCGGGCCUCAAUCUCACAGCUGCCAAUCACGUUAUUGUGAUGGACCCUUUCUGGAACCCAUACAUUGAGAUGCAAGCUGUGGAUCGCGCCUAUCGGAUAGGCCAGCAGAAGCCCGUCAAGGUCCAUCGCCUCCUUGUCGAAGGAACCGUGGAGGAUCGCAUUGCCGAUCUACAAGAACAGAAGCGGAAAUUCGUCGAUGCCGCUCUUGACGAGGGGGAAAGCAAGAAUCUGGGCAGACUGUCGACUCGCGACCUGCAGCGACUUUUCAAUGCAGAUUAGAGGCACACGGGUGGACAGACGGAUGACCUCGGCGUACUUUCACCGCGGUUCGGUCGAGAUUGUUCUGAUUUCCGUCUUUUUUCACGGAGGAGACUGGGAACUUGAUACAAUUAGCUUGGUUUACCCCCCACUUGUUGCUUUCACAAAGCAUCGGCAGAAAGCCAUGCUGACGUUGUUUACGUUGUCUUUCUCUCUCAAUGGCUCAGAUGGCCAAAGUUGAGAGUAUAGUCUUUUUCUUUUUGGCUGGGGAGGGUUUCAGAACGUUUUAUGAUGGUCUUGUAGAGUAGGCUCGGUGCAUAUCGGAGGAGAAAAGUCUUGUCCUCGUGAUGGGUUGGGGAACUGAGCUCAAGCAUGGCGUCUAGGACUGAAAAGGGGUCCCGGUAUCAUUGCUUUACACACGUUGUGCUCUCAGGACGUGCCGCAUUAUUUCGAGCAACUCAUGGGUUGCACAGAUAGACAUCCGUUGUCACGUUGAAAAUAACGUCGGACUCUAAAUACCUAAC